AUCCGACCAGUGUCUCUCCGCGCUAGGGUUUUAGCCCGUAUAAGAGCGUCCUCGCCACCUCCCCAACCCCGCCUCCGCCGCCUCGCACUUCGCCCCCGCACUUCCAUCCCCACCCGGCGGUGCUCCCCGACCCGAAGAGAUGGCGGUGCCGCUGCUGACGAAGAAGAUCGUGAAGAAGCGGGUCAAGCAGUUCAAGAGGCCCCACCUCGACCGCUACAAGUGCCUCAAGCCAAGCUGGCGCAGGCCAAAGGGUAUUGACUCCCGUGUCAGGAGGAAGUUCAAGGGAUGCACCUUGAUGCCUAACAUUGGGUACGGCUCUGACAAGUCGACCAGGCACUACCUUCCCAACAAGUUCAAGAAGUUUGUGGUGCACAAUGUCUCUGAGCUGGAGGUGCUCAUGAUGCACAACAGGACAUACUGCGCCGAGAUUGCCCACAACGUCUCAACAAAGAAGCGCAAGGAGAUUGUUGAGCGUGCUGCUCAGCUCGACAUCGUGGUCACCAACAAGCUCGCCAGGCUCCGCAGCCAGGAGGACGAGUAGGCUGGGUUGCUCGUCUGUACGACUGUUGGAUCUUGUCUUUCUCGGCUGUAGGAAAACUACUCUGUUUCGUGUCGUGUUGCCACCUGGGAUACCUGUUAUGCCGACCUUUUUGCUAUCAAUAGCGACUCUAAUAUGGCAAAUUCUACUGUUACCGAAUGCCUAUCUGAGUUAUCUGCAUAUUUUUGGGAACC